CCUUCUGCCCCUUUCCGCGCCUGUAUAUAUUGCUCUGCUCUUUGUUGAGAUCCAAAGCCAUCCCCUUCUUCUUCUUCUUCUUCUUCUCCAGGAUAGACAAUGGUCAAUAGACAGUGGCGUCGCGGCCAGACCAUCGGCCGCGGCUCGACCGCUACCGUCUCCCUUGCCGCCGCCUCCCCCUCAGGCCACCUCUUCGCCGUGAAGUCGGCCGAGCUCUCUCUCUCCGCCCACCUGCAAAGAGAGCAAGCCAUCCUCUCCUCCCUCCACCACCCGAACAUCGUGUCCUGCCUCGGCUUCGACGUCGCUGCCGAAGCCCCCUGCGCGCCGCUUUCCUACAACCUCUUCUUGGAGUACGCCCCCCUUGGUUCGCUCUCCGAUUGCAUGAUGAAGCACGGCGGCCGCUUAGAAGAGGCUGCGAUCCGUUCCUAUACGGGCGGCAUGCUCCGCGGCCUCGCUUACCUCCACGCGAAGUCCUUCGCGCAUUGCGACGUCAAGAGCCAAAACGUCCUGAUAUGGCCGGACGGGCGCGCCAAGAUAGCGGAUCUCGGGUGCGCGCGCUCGAUUGCCGGGGACGGCGAUGCGGGGCGGCCGAUCGCGGGCACGCCGAUGUUCAUGGCGCCGGAGGUGGCGCGAGGAGAGGAGCAGGGCGCGCCGGCCGACGUGUGGGCGCUCGGGUGCACCGUCAUCGAAAUGGCCACGGGGAGACCGCCGUGGCCUGAUGUCGUCGAUCCGGUCGCCGCUCUGCACCGUAUCGGCUUCACAUGUGACGUCCCGAAGCGCCCCACCUGGUUGUCGGACGAGGCCAAGGACUUCUUGGACAAGUGUUUGAGGAGGGACGCGAGAGAGCGGUGGCCGGCGGAGCAGUUACUGGAGCACCCGUUCGUGGCGAAGCCGAGUACAACUAGCUGCUUAUCUGAGAGUGCUCUCGACCAGGAAUGGAUUUCCCCAAAGAGCACACUGGAGCAGGUCUUAUGGGACUCUGUGGCAGACGAAGAAGAAGAAGACGAAGAGAUGGAGGCGGAGGAGAGGAUUCAGCAACUGGCCACGUCCGGCUUUCCGACCGCCAACUGGGCACAGGAUGACGAUUGGAUCACAGUAAGGAUCAGCGAGGAGGAAUCUACUGCUGUUCCAGUAGAUGGUGAUGAAGACAACGUUGGAUUUGGUGUUAAUGCUCAUCACAGUAAUGCUGUAGCGACGGCAGAGGAGAGAGAAUUAUGUACACCUGUUAGAUAUGUUGAUAAUGAAAUGUGUUCUUUGAUUAUUUGAAGCGUUUUCUCUUUUAUAUACACAGCUUUAAUUUGGUUAUGUGCUCGUCACUUCCAAGAAGCCACGGGCUUUUUGGGGUCGGGGAACAGAGCUUAUGGCCAUUAAAGACGCAGCUCGCUAGGUUGCAGGUCGCAAGAAGAUGCCCAUUAGCAACAAUUACUACCUCAAUCUAUUAAUCUCUCUCCUACAUGCGGUGGAUGCAGCUGGAGACAACUUUUUGACGGCGCCGUUUAAAGAUCAUAUCAGAAUCCAGUUGUGUCUGCGCAUAAAUUCUGUUCUUUUUCGAGAAGGAAACAUGAGAAAGAUCACUAGAUCUGCAUUGGAAUCUAAGAGAUCCAAUUGCAAGUAAAAU